UUGUACAAAGAAAGUGUGUGAAAUCCUCUUUAUUGUGAGAAUACUUUGAGUAAAUUUGCUCUGUGAUUUGCAAAACAAAUAUUUCCCAUAUAACAAAUUGUACAAGCGCCGCGAGUGUCUUCGCCUUGGCGUCUCGUUCCACCCGAUGCCACUCUUCCACUGCGCCGUGAUAUGCUUCUUUUCUAUGACUGGAGUUGCUCCACAUUACCGGAAACGGAGUGGUGCGCUUUAGUCGCUCAAAGACCGUCGAAUUGAUUAAAUCUGCUGCUCAUCGCGAACCGUAGCCAAAAAAAGCUCGAAGGAGUCUUUAUUGUUGUCUCGCUUUAGGAACUAAUAUUGCAAAAAGUGAGAUGGCCAAUCGUCCUGUCAGCGCGAUGUCACGGCACGAAUCGGAAAUGGUGAACAAGAGCCGGAGAGCUCUUGUGGAUGGCCGUGAAAAGGACUCUCUGGAGAAAUUGCGGCUCAUGUGUCUGGCGCGCGGCGCCACGGGAAUUCUGGGACUGGGCAGGACUUUCCGCCGGAUGGACGAUGAUGGCAACAAGGCGCUCAGUCGCGAGGAGUUCUUCAAAGGUCUUCAUGACACUGGUCUGGAUGUGAAUGACGAGGAAGGCGAUGAUUUGUUCCACAAAUUCGACACCGAUGGAAAUGGUUCGAUCAACAUGACAGAGUUUCUCGUGUCCUUAAGGCCACCAAUGUCAGAGGCGAGAACCAACAUAAUUGAGCAAGCAUUUAAAAAACUCGACAAAACCGGAGACGCAAUCAUCACGAUUGACGAUCUGAAGAAUGUCUACUCCGUGAAAUCCCAUCCGCGGUACAUCAGCGGCGAAGAGACAGAGGAGCAGAUCCUGAAGAAGUUUCUGGCCAACUUUGAAACUGGUGGAAUUGUGGAUGGAAAGGUGACGAGGGAAGAAUUCCUUAAUUACUACUCCUCAAUAUCGGCCUCAGUGGACAAUGAUGCGUACUUCGAUCUGAUGAUGAGGCAAGCCUAUAAGUUGUAAAGCAGCGAAAGAAGGGCAUAAAGCUUAACCAAAGGAAUUUUUGACCAAGUCUCUAUCACUAAACUGCCUUUGAAAUUUAAUGUUAUCUCUAAAUUAGUCAUCGUUCUUGCAAAAUCAAACUUAAAGCUAAUAAAAAGCCAUGAACCGAAUCAUAUUUCGAAUAAUUUUAUUUAUAUGACUUCCAUGAUUUCAUGAUUUAUAAAGAAGUGGGAACUUCUCAUCUACAGCCUUUUUGACGGAGUUGCUCUCCUCCUUUGACGCUAUUCUUUGGACUUCAAUCACUUGUUCAUUGCUCACCAGAGACUUGGAGAGAUAUGGGACGCUCAUGAGACAUUUUUUUUCUAUUGUUCGUUGCUUAAUUCUGCUUCAUUUGAAUACUUCAACUGGUUGAUUUUGACUGUGUCUCUUCUGAAGAAAGUGGGCCAAUAUAAAGGCUUGUCGAAUGUUCGAGCAGUCUGGAACCGCGCGCAACAUUCGAGGUGUUUCUGGAAUAUUCCUGAAUCACAUUCGAAAUGAUUCGUUGACUCUCGAAGAGACGAG